CCAUCUUUGAGCGCACUUCACACGAAAGAGAAAACUGUUCAAAAUGGCGACGUACUUGGCGAUUUUCUGUUGUACAAAAUAGGUUAUCGGAUGGUACCUACAUGCGACCGACAAUUCCACGGGAUUUAAUGUGAAGCUGAUAGCAUCGUGAAUAUUAUGAUCAGUACCAGAUAAGGAUUCCUGUACACGGCGCGUUUUAACCUCCCGUAUCACCGCGCGCAACCGGAUAGAUAAUGGCCGAUAAUGCCAUUGGAGGCGACGACGAGCUCCUGAAAAAUAUUAAAACACUCCUCUGGGGUUCAUCCGUCAAGGAAGACGUUUUCAAGCGAUGGGCGCAAGGCUUCUAUUUCAGCAUAGACGAACCUACUGCGCUUAUACAGAGAGAGGGUGGACCCUGCGCUGUGAUAGCUGCAGUUCAAGCAUUUAUUUUGAAGCAAUUACUGCUGGAGAGCGAUGUCAUAACUUGGAAGGCCAUUAAGGCCGAAAAGUGUGAUCAACUGCUUGUGAAAGCUAUGACUGAAAUUAUUAAUCAAGCUGCUGACAUUCAGGACCCUAAGUAUUCAGUAGUGCACGCCAAUGAUUCUAAUGGCUUUGCAUGUAGCAAGGAAGGCACCGAUUCAAAGUUAGCUGAGUCGACAGUGAAUUCAACCCAAGAUGGCGAUGGUAGUCAAAUUAAUGAGAUGCCGGUUACCAAACAAACGUCGUUAGAAUCGGAAGUUUUUCACUCUCAAUUAAGGAUAUUUACCACAAGUAGCAUCGAUGACGUGGAGGAUUUCUUUACGGAACGAAUUGGGAUGUUGAAAGAGCAGUAUGGUAUAUUACUGCUACUUUAUACAGUGAUGUGUACAAAAGGGAUUUCGGAAAUAUGCUUUGAAAUGUCGGACCCUGCAGAACCCAUGAUCGAUUCUACUUAUGGAUAUGGGAGCCAAAGUUUAAUCAAUCUAAUGCUUACUGGCCGGGCAGUUAGUCACGUCUGGGAUCAUGAUCAAGAUAUUAGUGGAUUAAAAUUACGCGGUAUUGAUAAGCAGAAUACGGUGGGAUUCCUCACUCUGCUGGAGCAUUUGCGAUAUUGCGAAGUGGGAACAUUUUUGAAAUCACCGUCGCAUCCAAUCUGGGUGCUAGGAUCGGACACACAUUUAACCGUGCUUUUCUCUACAGAGAAGCGACUAGUGAGUCCAGAAACGCCGUCGGAGCAAGCAAGAAGAAUUUUCAAGCGCUUUGAUCCGGAAGGGAAUAAUUUUAUUGCAGCGAAUUUGCUGCAAGAUGUGUUAGCGGAAUUAGGAUUGGUAGCCGAUGCGGAAUACGUCGAUAUCAUGAGGAAAAAACUGGACAAUGAAAAUUUAGGGAUAAUACUUCUUGCGUCGUUUAUGGACGAAUUCUUUCCCGAGGAACCACGUAUGUGCCCAGACAUGUUCGUCUUGUAUCACUACAAUGGUCUACAGCGUAGUAAUCCGGAAAAUAGAGUGAAAUAUCACAAGGGACAAGCGGUAUUGCUCGAGUGCACCGUAAAAUGUAUCAUGGAUAGCAAUCCUAUGCUGACAGUCCUGCAGACGAAAUGGCCGAGGAUUGAGAUACAAUGGGACAUAGGACAAAAUCCUAGUUUAAAUUAGAAUUUAUAAAACUCUGUAAUAUAUAUGUAUACAAUGGAGCUGACGCAUAGAGUGACCUGACCGAGCGCUUCUAUAGAAUAUCGUUGAGAGGAUUACCACUUUUAAGAUCGUAGUCUAGUCAAAUCGGCCAUCUGGUUCGCAUUGGUGAAUAUCGAGUAUAUAUCUGCCAAUAAGAAAUAUUAAUUAUUUCCAUGGAAUAUGUGGUAUUCGUGACGCAUGGUCAGUAAUGGAAACUAUUAAGGAUACCUACAAUUUAUGUCAAAGUAUUGCACCGCACUGACUGUGUGUCAACGAGAUAAAAAUAACUUAUUUUUAUUGAAUGUUUUUAUUGACUAUAUUAUCAGAAUCGUAAUCUAUAAUUUUAAUAGCUCUCGAGAGAACUAAUGAAAAAUAAUUUCUUAGCACAAUAGAAUUUUACGAUGGUCGAUUGUAAGUAAUUCACAGUGACAUGGUUUAAAGAAAAAUUAAAGAAUUUUCUGCUUACGUGCGGUUUACUUCAUAAUGAAGAUUUUCGUUCUAUUACAUUACAUGCGGAAAAUAACGAACUCUAAGAGGGUUCCAAUGAAAAAUUCGGUAAAUAUCUAAAAGCGUUACUCUCGAAAACAUAGGUUUUCUUUAUAACAAUCAACAAAAUUAGUAAAAAUGAAAUAUGUAGUAAUUUUUAGAGGGCCUAUUUUUAUUAAACAAUUCUUAAGAAAAAAAUAUUUAUAAAAUGUGGAACAGUACAAAUUUUGACCACGUUUUGAGCUGUAAAUAGGGGAUGUGGGAUGUAUUUCGCUUCAUGUAAAAAAAUAUGAAGUCUGUAAUUGUUUUAUUUCACACAAGUUUUCGACUUUCCACGCGAAAUGAAGUCCACCGUACAUCUCUUCCUGGUUACAAAGCAAAGCAACAUCUUUAUUACUGUAUUACUCCAUAAAUUUGUUUUUUUUUGUUAACUGUUUAAUAAAAACAUGGCCCCUUCUAAAAACUAUAAACAUAAAAUUUGUUAACAUUAAUUUUAUAGAUUUUUAUAAAGAAAAUUUGUGUUUUGAGGGGAUGGUAUUCUUGGAUAUUUAUCAAAAAUUCAUUUUGUUAUAUAUUAUAUAGAUAAAAUGUUACUAAAGUAUUACGAGACGUCAUUAUUUUGAAAUUUCCUAUACGUUAUUAUUUCGCUGUUCUUGCCGUAAGAAUUUCUUUAUUCAAAGCAAUUUUGAAAAGCGCCAUUUAAAUAAAAUUGUUAAGUUACAUUUCAAGUCCUCUUUCGAUUAAAAACGUAAUGAAAAUCAGAAAUAUAUGAAUUUCUUAAAAAUCGACGCGUGAGGUAAAAGAUAACGCGCACUCUUUCGGAAUACUACGUAAUAUAUGAUAAUUUUAAUAGAUAUUUGGUCAAUGUUUAUUUUAUAUGACUUUUGCAAAACUGCAGUUACGGUGUUAAAUAUAUAAUAAACUUACUACUUUUGAAAAAUA